AUACGGCUGUUGUUCUUCGCGACGGCGUCGUUAUACCACUUGUACGCAAAUCGAGGAUGAUCGCGCAAGACCGUUGAAUCGUGUUUCGAUUGUGAUCGAUUUCCGUCUGUGUGAAGUUAGCCGGCGACUGUUCGACAACGGGAUCCAAGAUGUCCUGUCGAAAAGACUGUUCAAAGUCGCAAAGUCGCGAAGACAUCGUCGCUGAAAAAGCAACAAUUUAUCAUCAGGCUGCGAAAUCCGAGCUCCGAUACGUCAAUUCCGCCAUUUACACGGAAACCGUCAGCGAAGAAGAGCGAGACGCGGCGAAGAGUGAGAUUCGAUCCGAGAACGAUCGAGAAGACAGGACGCGAGAGGACGAAAGGAGCGAGCGAGGAGCCACCGGGCAAGACACCUAUAGAUGCUACUCUCUUCCCGACGCUACUCGAUUGUCCCUCGAACCUUCCGCCGCGCGAGCGGAACGACGAUGCAAGAUCGAUGGCGGCGAGAGACCUUGUCAAGCGGCUAGUAGUAAGCGCGAGAGAUGCAGUCGGCAAGUCGCGCGGACAUCAUUGCUCUCCUCCGAACCGAUCGGUGACGACAGGAGAAUCGCUCAUUCGGAAUGGGUGCGCAGGAAGCACGAGGCUGCGCGGCGCAAACGAGAGGACGAGGAACGCGCGACGAAGAAGCGGCAGGAGGAGGAGGAGGAGAUGGUACGGACGAAGGAGGAGAGAGUUCGGCUGGAGAAGGAGAACUUUCUCAAGUGGAUGGAGGGGAAGAGACGGCAGGAGCUCGACAGAAGAGCGAUGUUUCAGAACGAAUUGGAAUUGCAGAAGUGUCUGAAGGAGAUCGAGGAUAAGACCGCCGUCGCGAAGGCCCUGUACCUCCGUCAGUGGAUUCGCAAGAAGAAGGAAGAGCAGAAAGGUGCGGUAGUUGCGAUUCGCGUGCCAUUCGGAAGAAGAAUCCGAUCGCUUCCUCUUUUCGCAGCCCAGUAUAAGGAGCAGGAGUCGAGGCAGAGGAAGAUAAACGAAGAGCGCGAGAAGAGACUGGAACAGUGUUCGACGGCUUACGAGAAGUGGAAACGAAACUCUAAGAACAGACCCAAACCCGCCACGCAAGGAUUACUUCCACACCAGAAAGCUAAGCCAGCCUACGUAAAUCCGAUCCCUUGGCAGCCGAUCGUAGAGAUUGAUUCGGACGAAGCGCAGCAAGAUGCGCUCAACGACGAAAACAGGGAUAAGAGUCAGCUGAACGGCGGAAGAACAGUCAUGGCGCACCAAUGAUUACAAUCGAGAGAAAGAAAUCAUUUAUCUAAGAUAUAUACCAUUUCAUUUACAACGCACAAUAUUUAGCGUGACAAUUUCAAAUUGUGAUGAAAUUCUGAUUAAAGAAGAAAUAAACAAUCAAAUCUCAUUUGUACUUUAUUUCAGACGAAUCCUGAACGUUCGAGGUUCAAUCCCCAAAAUGUUCAACAUUACAAAAAGUAAUAACUUUCCGUCCGAAAGAAAGUUGAUCUUUCGAUUCGUCGUCUACGUUUAACGAUGGCUAAAACCACGCUUGCGAGAAAAUGAAAGAUUGACAUGCGUACAAAGGCGAUAUAAUAAUACCGUCUUCUUUUUAUAUCUAUCAGUUUGAUUAAAGAGUGACUUUAAUAGUAUAGGUUUGUUCACACGUUUAAUGACAAACUGUGCUACAUAAUAUAAAGUAUUUGAUUAUAACAAGACAAAGCAGAUCUUGUGAUUCGUCUCACACACGCACACACAGAGCCUCUCUUUCAUUCUCAAGCUAUUCAUUACACCUUGGAUUCCUCUAACGCGAGAAGAACACACCUAUUAUUUCGCAAACUGAUAAUUGUGUGUGGUAUGAGAAAUAUCGUGAGAGUUUCUCUUACUAUCGUCUACUUGCCAUAUGUAAGACACAUUAUCUCCCUUGGACAACACACACCUCUUCCUCUCCCCAAACAAUGUCUUAGAGUUCACACACUCCUUCAUAUCUCUUUAUGUACAAUAUGCACAAUAUUCUUACAAAGCGCAUUCUACAGUAAAUUUACUCUUAAUCGAGAUAGCAAAUUUUCGACAAUUGUAAUCUGAGAACAAAUCGUAUGUAAUAUGAUGUAUAUUAAGUGUGUGUACGCAACAGUCACACGUGUAGGUAUACAGUAGAUAUUGCUUUUUAUACAUUUGUAUUUCGGCGUACACACAUAACUCGCGUGCUUCGUUGACGCUCUCAAUCUUUCUCUAAUCUUGAAGAUGGGAAGGCAAUGAAGCAGCGAUUUGUGAAGAUAAACAUAUUAGCUCCGCGACUUUCUUCGUUUUGCAGGCGCAAUUAUUCCAAGUCAAAUAUUACAUAUACGCUGAACUUUGUAAGAAAGAAAAACAAAAUAUAUUACAUUUGUAGAGAUCAUUUUCUUUAUACUUCGGUCGUGUAGUUGAAAAAUUGGAGAAAUCGUAAACUGAAUUUCGUGAAUUGCAGAAAUAAAUUCUUGUCAAUUCACAACUCGUGUGCCUUCUUACAUGGGAUUUCUUAAUGUUACACGAAAACAUUCGUUGUCCUUCACAAUUAAUUAAGGUCCCUCGUCCUUAUUUGAUGACGAGGCGAGAAAACGCAAAAAUUCAAAUGAAACAUUUCUCGACAAAAUGGCGCUCGGUGUGAUCGAUUUGGCACACUUGUAACAUUGUCCGAACACUUUUACCCGAGCGAUCGAUAAAAUUAACUUGACGCUUUUUCCUCAUGAUUUUCGACGUCAAUUUUACGACUUGAUUGUUGUUUGGACAAUUUUACAAGUGCGCUAAGCCGAUCACAGAUGUUGCUUUCUGAGGAUUUUCUUUUAUUAUAUGCGUGUUUGUAUACACGUGUACGCAUGUAUACAAUGCCUUGUAAUAUGUAAUGCAAGACAUUGAACGAUCGGAAGUAUCGCAGAGAAAGGAGAGAGAUAGUAAAAAAUAUAAUUGCAUUGACUACGUCAGCUGAAUGAAUUCUUUUCUUUUUUUAAUCAACUUUCAUCGCAUAUUCUUAUAGCGAUGUUUUGCGAUCGAAGAGCUUUUCGUAAGGAAUCUGCUGCCGUAAUGAUGAUACCGCACAACAUUAGCGUAACCUCGAGAGAGUUUUGCAUCCUCCUCCACCGGUGACACGCAUUGCAGCAACAUUCGGCAGCGCAAUCAGUGACGCUCGCGAAAGACGACCCUAUCGUCGAUGGAAAACAAAUGAGAAUGGUCCCUCGCUGGAGGAUGUCUCUCCGCAAAUUCCACGCUUUCCGUUAAAGCCGAGGUAUUGGCGCGAGAACUUUAAAGGGGAUGAAAGAGUUUGCGUUGCAACGUCCAGAGAUAUGGGCAUAUCCGUCUUAAAUUGCCGACCGAUUGGAUCCCUCCUUCCGCGCGCUUUCUCCUUCUUUCGCUCCUCUUGCGCGCCGAUUCCCUCUUUAGAAACUUGGAGCACUUUAGAAUUUCGCUGUAGACGUGACACAAUAAAGAAAUUUACAUCGUCCCGUGUCACUGAACGGCAACGAGCAAGACUGUAAAAGGAAAGGGAUGAGACAGCGCAAUUUUAAGCGUUGAAAAUGAAGAAGGAAGGACAUUUCGAAUCGUUAAUCUAAAAGCACUGUGAAAAUAAUAAUCAAAAGACUUUCUGCAAAUUGGGCGAUAAAUUAAAUUAGGAUUCGCUUCGUGCAUGGGGACAAUGUUAAGUUGUGAACGAUAACACAAAGUAGCAAGUCAACGCUCAACGUUACUUUAAUAUGAAAAACGUGUAAUCUUUUAAUCGUAACAGCUAUAAAAAGUUGAUGAUACUAUAGGGAUGAUGAUAAUAGUAGUAAUAAUAAUAGCGAUGAUAUAAAAUAAUAAUAUAUAACGUUUGGCAUGUGUUUCGUUUAUCUGUACAGUAAUCUGUGGCGCGUUUGAAAAUGUUUCAAUUACCACAAUCCGCAUUCCGAAAGCUAAGAAUAGAGAGAGUGUGUAAAAACCAAUUUUUCUGGUUAACGAAGGAAUACACUGUAAACUAAUACAACAAACUAACUUAUAACCGCACACAUUACAAAUAACAAUAAUAGCAAUAAUAAUGAUAGCAAUAAUAAUAUAAACGAUACCGUAAUUAUAACACACAACAUGCACAAUAGUGCAAUAACAAGAAUGAACAAAUUAAAUAUCAUACGAUUAUUUGCAGCGUGUAACGUCCAUCGAGUGCGGAAAAA